AUGGCGGUGACGUCACUGCUCGCCCUGGACGUUUCACGGCGGCGGCGGCGAGCGAGCGUGGCCCGGGCCUCGCCGGAGCGCACCAUGGCCACCGAAGUCGAUACGGGCAUCCACGAGGACUUCCCUGCGUGGCUGUGCUCGCGGGGCGUGAGCUCCGAGAUUGCUCACGCCAUGGACACGGAGUUGGGCAUCAAGGACUAUGAGGUGCUGCUUGCUUGCGCCGAGGACCUGCAGGUGCGCGCCGAGCUUUUCUCGGUGGCGCGCGAGCGCCUGCCCUUCGGCUUCUACGCUGUGGUGCGGCGCGUGGUCAUGGCCAUCAACGGCGAGGCGGCCAAGGCGGGCGCUGGCUGCCUAGCGUGCCCGGGGCUGGGCCGUCUGCUUGACGUGCUGGUGGUGAUGCUCAAUAGCCUGAGCCAGGAGCUGUCGCAUUGCGCCCAGCGGUUGAGCGCACUCGACGCCACGGCCACCCACUCGGCCGGAUUCCCCAGCGAGAGGGAGUCGAACUCGUCCAUCGAUGGUGAAAACCCGGUUGUGGACGGUGAGUGUCUGGCGGAGGACAUGGAACCGGUGGGCGACGAGCAGACGGACACGAACGACGAGGAGAAGGAAGUGGACGCCUACCACACUGCGGAGGACGUGGCAGGGGUGCUGGAGGACCCUCGCGACGGGCUCUGCGGCAACGAAAUGGGCACAAGUCCCCGCACCCAAUGCAAGCGAAUCAAAGUGGAACGCGAGAAGCAGGGCAAUGUGGACAGUGGCAUCGCAUUGGAUGGGGAGAACAGGAGCAGAAUGUGGAUGGCCGUGAAGCAGGAAAGGAACGUCACCUGUGACGACUGGUCCAGGGGCACGGAGGGUGGCUGGGAUGCCCAUGGGAUGGACGAUUACCAUCAGCAACAGCAGCAGCAGCAGCACCACGAGCAGCAACAGCAACAGCACCAGCAGGCACACGACGGUGCAGAGGGGUUUGUGGCAGCGGAGGUGACCGACCCGUCCAUCAGCACAUUGGACUGGCGGAAGAUCUACGAGAGGAACCGCAUGGCGGGACACCAGCAGCAGCGGAACAGGAAGUCUGGGAUGACGGCGGCGUACAGGAAGAAGGGGCUCCCUGCAGGCGCCAGCAGCGAGGAUGCGAAGGGUCGGCAGUUCCGUGCGGUCUCGGGCGACCUCCACGACUCGUCGGUGCAGAGCUACGAGUCGUACGACGACGGCUUCCAGCCACACGAGGAGCAAAACUUCUCGGAGGGGGGCGACGAGACGUGGCCGCUGCGGGACGACCGGAACUCUUCUUGUGCCAUCGCGCAGCAGCUGGAGGAGCAGCAGGCGGGCGGCGGCGGCGGCGGCGACGACGGCGGCGGCGACGACGGCGGCGGCGGCGGCGGCGGCAACGGCGCCGGUUUCGGCGUCGAGCACCUGGCACUGUGUUUCCCCAGCGGCUCGAUGGACGACAAGCCAUUCCGCUGCGAGGAGUGCGGCAAGACGUUCCGGCAGAGCCACCACCUGCGCGUGCACCGGCGCAAGCACACGGGCGAGAAGCCGUACUCGUGCGACACGUGCGGAAAGCGCUUUGCGCAAUCGGCGCACCUGGUGACGCACCGGCGGAUGCACACGGGCGAGCGGCCUUACAUCUGCAUGGUGUGCGGCAAGGGGUUCGCGCAGUCGUCCCACCUCACCUUGCAUCGCCGCAAGCACAUCAUGGACGGCAUCCGCGCGUCGGCUGACAACGUGGUCGGCCAUCAGAUCAUCGACCUGGAUCCGUCCAUCAUCAUCGAAUAGUUGUCGGAGAGUUAUUUAUAGGGUAACGGGCGAGGAGGGAAUUAUAAAGGAAAAGCCAACGUUUUAUGUUUUUAUUGUCCCGUUACGUCGCAGUAUACGAGAAACUCUGACUGGGGAUUUUUUUGUAAAGCUGGCAAACUGUUGAUGGAGGAGGGAGAAAACUCCCCCACCCUGCAUCGGUGUGUUGUUCAGCGUGAAACUGGUUUAAAUAAAUCACGUAAUUAAAUAGUC